AUGGACCGAACGAAGAGGGACUUGGAGAGUGUAAUAAACUCUCAAAAGGAGCAAUUGGCACGGUAUGAAAAAAGAUUGAAAGAUGUUGUGACCGCCUACAAAGGUUUACUCAAAGAGAAGGAGGCCUUGGAGACUAGCUUGGCUGCAAUUAGCUCCCAAAAACAAGUGCAACCCGUUAACGAUGAGUGUGGGCCUUCUAAAUCUCUCGUUUCUGAUCCGUCGACGAAAAGCGAAACGGAUACCUCGUCCACAACUGACAAUGAGAACAGUGAAGACAAAUCAAAUAUUCAGAGUCAGAUAGCCACUCUGAUGAACUCCUUGGCGACACUGUCGGCUGAAAAGUCGCGAAUGGAAGCAUCUUUUCAGGCCGAUAAAAAACUACUUCGCUCUCAAAUACAACAGAAGGAGCAGUUGAUAAGUGAUCUGCAAGCGAAGCUGUUGGAAAGUAAAGAACGUGCCAAAGCGGAUGUGGAUGAAGUCAAGGCCAAAUGGAUAAUUGAACGACAAGAACGAGAAAAGGAAACGAACAAUCAAAUGCUUAUGAUUCGGGAGCUACAGAAACUAUAUGCCGACGAGAGACAUCUGAAGGAAAACAUCGAAAUGCAAUUGAACAACUUCAAAACCAAUUUCGCCAGUAACGAAGCUGAGCACACUCGACUCAAUGAGUUACAAACUCAACUUAAGGAAGCAAAAGCUCAACUAAAACAGCUUCAAGCGGAAAAGGGCAUAUCCGACAACGCUAAAGGUAGCCCAAAUAGCACGACUCUCUUGAAACAACUCCAACUGGAAAUGCAACAGCUGAAAGAGCAACAUGCUGUGGCCAUUAAAAAUGAACAACGACGGGUGCAAAUGGCUGAGGAUGAAUCGCGCAAGCAAGCCAUUCUCCAUGAAGCAAAUUUAACCAAUCUCGAAACUAAGCUAGCAGAGCUCAGCAAGACCGUGGGCAAUUAUGAUCGACUUCGUCAACAGGAUCAGGAAGCAAUUAAUGCGCUGAAGAAGCAACUGCAGGAUUUGGAAAGGGCGACAAACGAAAACGUAACAACAUUCCAGAAGUGUGCUGAAAAGGCUAUCGGCAUAAGCGACAGUUACAACGACACUGACUUGGGUCACAUAGUGGAUGAAAUAUUGCGUUUAAAACGCAUAAUUCUUACAGAAAACUCUCGCUCAUCGAAUCCAAUGGAUUUGGCCAGUAUAUUCUCCGUGAGCACCGAUCAUUCGCAUUGCCAGGAAGAAUUAAUUGGAACUUUACAUGAAUUGGACGCGGCGAAGUGUGAGAUAGAGCAACUCAAAGAAAAGGUUGAGCAACAGAAAUCCCACGUUUCAACAUUGCAAGAAAAGGUCAAGGUUCUAAAUCGCAACAUAGACGAACAGGAACUGGAAUUGAAGCAUUACAAUGAAAAGCUUCAGCUAAGCGUUAAAGAAGAGAGAGACAAGUGGAAGAGUUUGCAAAGUGAUAUUGAAAAUGAGUAUCGUAUUAAAUUGACUGAGUUGGAGCAGCAACUCCAGAAACAACGACAGAGAUCGCUACAGCUGUUGGAUGAAAAAGAACAGGAGAUUAAGGCUUUACAGACAUCGUUUGAAAUAUUUCACAGUUCAAAUAAUGUAGGCGCCCAAUUAUUACCCAACGAAGCUCCAGUUUGUGCAUCUUCAGACGGCGAGAGUAAUGAAGAUGUUACAACGUCGUCCAACAUCCGCAAGGUGUCACUGAAAGCAAAGAAACUUUCCGUGGGCGAAAGUUGUCACAUGCUUCAUUACGCCAACGAAAUCGCUCGAAAAGACAUCGAGAUCGCGAAUUUGAGGAAAGCCAAAUAUCAAGCGGAAACAGCUAUGCGGAAAGCUAUACACGAUAAAGUAGUUAGCCAAGAGGAACUUAGCAAUAAAAUAGAUGCAUUGGAGGAGCAAGUCGAUAGGUUGGAGCGGUGCCAAACACGAGAGGGAGCUAAUUUGGAAUAUCUGAAAAACGUCGUCAUCAGCUAUAUUGUAUCCAAAGAUGCCGAUGGAAAACGUCAUAUGAUGAAUGCAAUUAGUGCUGUUUUGCAGUUUACACCAGCUGAGAUGCAGGUCAUUAACGCUUCCCUUCAGAAGAAGUAA